AUGCGCUUCAUAAGUUUGCUGCCCUUUCUCUCACUAUCCAGACCAGCACUUGCAAAGCUGGGAUUCGCUGCUCAGCUGUUUCAACUCCAAGGUGACAGCGCUGUUACCAAUGCCAAGCUUGAAUGGGCUACUGUUGCUAAGGCUUCGUCUUAUCGAGUGGAGCGUAGCAGUAAUGGUGGCUCAUUCUCGGUAAUUGCGACCGUACCUGGAAACACGCACGAUGACUACGAUCUGAAAGUCGGUCAGUCAUACCGUUACCGCGUUGUUGCAAUUGAUGGUUCCUCCACUGUCGACCAGUCCAGCCUUGCUACUCUGUCUCCGUUCACGCCCUCGGGCACGUACAGUAGCUUCGACAAUGUUCCGGAUGAGAACACGGCCUCGGUAGCCGAGACUUCCUCGGAUGCCUCGACUGUGAAAGGCAAUGUUAAGGAGUAUCGGUACCAGUAUCAAACGUUCUCCAACAGAAGUUUCAGUCACUUUACCGAACAGGUCUCAGAGAAUGGAGGUCCUUGGACCGGUAACCGAACCGUCUUGACCAACAUUGAGAUGUGUGCCUCGGCAAAUUACAGUUGCAAGCUGGAGAGGAUCCAGUGGACGCAACACCCCAGCACGGGACAAUAUGUCAUGUGGGGACAUUUCGAGCGAGCGAAAGAUUACGGCCUCGGAUACGUCUGCAAUCUAUACACCGAUCCAGGCGCCCCUUCACUCACUUUCAAUGGAGCUUACAGACCUCUCGGCCAUGAUUCCAGAGACAUGACCUUGUUCUCUGAUGGUGAUGCGGCGUACUUGAUUUCGGCAACAAAUGUCAAUGCCGAUAUGGUCAUUUUCAACCUCACUUCGAACUGGACUGCCGUCGCUAGUGAGCUUACCACGGUCAGUAAAGGCCAAUACAGAGAGGCACCCGCGGUAAUCAAAUCAAACGGGUGGUACUACAUCUUCACAUCAAGGGCAUCUGGCUGGGUGCCAUCGCAGCCACAGUACAUCAUGGCCGAAAACAUGGCGGGGCCUUGGUCCAAUGGUGUCAAUGUCGCCAACACUGCAACCUUUGCUUCUCAAUCAGGGGGGGUUGCAAAAUUUCCCAAUGGACAGUUCACCAUGUAUUCGGAUAGAUGGUCAUCGAACUGGCCGAUUCCAGGAGGUCCGACAAGACAACUCAACUUACCACUUGCUUUGGAUGCUUCUGGACAAUACGCUACAUAUCAUUUCUACCCCCAGGUCAAAUACGCUCAAUCCACGAAACCCGACCAGGCGGUCUACGGUAUACAGAAUGGGAAGAUUUUAUCAGACAACAAACCGGCAUUGUCAAACGCGGGGAGCGCCAACAUUAGUCUUGCCAAUGAUGGGACCCAGAAUGAUCCGAACAAAGUUUGGAUACCGUCCAAGGUUCCCUUUUGGUACCAGGUUGACCUCAGAGACUCGCAUAAAAUCACGAGGAUUGACUUGACGACCAAGUUGCGCCAGGGCUCCGAGACCUUUUACAACUAUACGAUAUCUGCAAGCAAAGACAACCAGACGUUCACGACGAUUGCAGAUAAGAGGGAUAACAAAGAUCCCGGUUUCUCAACCGUAUUGCCGACUUCGACGGAAGGCUUCCGAUAUGUUCGACUCAAUGUGAACUCGGUUAUCAACGCUAUCAAUGGAAACAGCGCGUCGUGGGCCGUGGGUGUGCAUGAGUUCACUGUUUUUGGCAAUUAA